AUGACGACUUCAUUCUAUCUUCCUCCAAGUUCAUACAUUUCGCGCCCGAAUAAUAACAUGAAUACAGCAAAUUUUGGUGGCUCACAAUUAUCCCACAAUAAUCCGGGGAAUCCUAAUAAUUCCGCAACUACCAAUACUAGUCCUUACUAUUUAACUGUCCAAGCGCCUCAAGCAUUGAACAGUGGUGUAGAGCAUCAACAACCACCUUCUUCUCAAUCACAAUCACAUCACCAACAACAGCCUCAACAAGUGAUACUUCAACAACCAUCUGUCGGAAAUGGCUGGAAUGUUCCUUCAGAUAAAAGAGGAGGACAUACCUCACCUUUGGGUUAUCCAUCUCAAGGUAAUCCUAACAAUGGUGCCGUUGCUUUGAGUUCGCCAUUCAAUAACACUUCGUUUCAAUCGUCUCAACCGAAUGUGCAAGAAGCGAAACCAGUAUUACCUCCGCGCUCAAUGCUCGACCAAUCUCCUCCGCCUUCUCUUUCAAUGAAUCAUUCGUCCAUUGUUUCACCAUUUUCUCAAUCGCUUUCUUCACAAUCUCCCAAUGACGUAUCGAAUCUUAUGGUACCCAACAGAUCUUCAACAAGUCGAACUGUGGCAAAUACAAAAAGAGCUGCUCAAAAUCGUGCUGCCCAACGUGCUUUCCGUCAACGCAAGGAUCGUUAUAUCAAGGAUCUUGAACAGAAAGCCAAGGAAUUGGAUAGCGUGAAGAAGCAAAAUGAAGCUUUGAUUAAGGAAGUUCAAGAAAAGGCUGCCACGAUUAGUAAUUUAAAAUCUCAAUUGGCUCGAUACAAAGCGGAAAUUGAUUAUAGUGAUGAUGAUUUGCGUCGCAAUAGUAAUGCGUCACCAUAUUCAAGUAACAAUGAUGACGACUCGCGUGGCUUUGAUGAGGAGCCAUGUAAUGGUGGCGGAUCAAAUAAUCACCAUAGUGAACAUUCUUUUUUUGAGAAAGAAAGCAAUAAAAGUCCUUAUCCAUUCUCGCCAACUUCUUCUGAUGGAUCUCCGCCACAAUCCUCAUUAAAUCGACCUGGUUCUGGCCUAACAGAAAAUCCGCCACGUGGCUCUGGCGUCAUUUUACCACCAGGUCCAAAUACCGACUCAACAAUUGAUCCUUACUAUCGAUCGGAUUAUCGUCAUUCAAAUCAUUUAAACUCGUCACAAAAUAUUGCACCAAUAUUGCAUCAAAACGUCGUAGUCGUGCCUGGCGAGGAAGAUACCGACCGAGUUAUGGUGGAUGAUCUAUGCGAAUUACUAAGAACCCGAAGUCGCCCCACCAUACCGCAUAAUUUGGGGAUGGGUAUAUGGACACCAACUAAUCAAGGAACUCAAUCGGGCGUCAAUGGAAGUGGAACAGUCGUGUCAUGA